AUGUCCACCAUCACCCGCACCCUCCGUAACCUUUGGCGAGUCGGCCUCCGAGACUAUGGCCACCAGAUGCAGUAUAUCGGUGACACAAAGGCUGGUACAUUCAUUGGAAUGGACAGAUAUGGCAACAAAUACUACGAGAACUUGACCGAAGAGCUUCCCUUGCGGACACGAUGGGUCGACUACAAGGACAGGGAGCUUGACGCGGGCCAAAUCGAUCCAGGCUGGCAUGCCUGGAUCAGCUACUUGGUCGACAAGCCCCCCGUCGAAGACAAGAUCUUGCAGUGUGGAUUACGCCCAUGGGAGAGCAAAGAGCCCAAGAUCAACUUGACCCAGAGCAGAGGAGCUUAUCGUCCAUAUUCUACUACCAAGCCAAAGUACAGCGCAUGGGAUCCUGUCGCUAAACCCCGAGAUGGUUCAACCCCGUUUGCUGCCUGA